UCGAAUGUACUCUCGACUGCUUCCUUCCGCCAUGGCUCGCCGCCUCGCCUCCCGCUGCUCGUGGCUGCCUCAGUCUCUCCUCUUCUCCCACCGUCAGCCUUCCCUAUUCGUCCGCCACUCCCGUCCAGUGAGUGGUAUAGCUACUAUCGCAGAAGAUGUGGGAGGGUUUAAGGAGAUGACCGCAGGAAAUAGGAGGAAGUACUACAUGCUUGGAGGUAAAGGAGGUGUUGGGAAGACGAGCUGCGCGGCUUCUUUGGCUGUUAAGUUUGCAACUCAAGGUCAUCCCACUAUUGUUGUCUCAACAGACCCUGCUCACUCCUUAAGUGAUUCUUUUGCACAGGAUUUGAGUGGUGGAACAUUGGUACCCGUUGAUGGGAUGAAUGCUCCAUUGUUUGCACUUGAAAUCAAUCCUGAAAGGUCAAGGGAAGAAUUUCGUAGUGCAAGUCAAAAUACUGAAGGCACUGGGGUCAAAGAUCUCAUGGACAGUAUGGGUCUAGGAAUGCUUGCCAACCAGCUAGGAGAUCUGAAACUAGGAGAACUACUGGACACUCCUCCUCCAGGACUGGAUGAAGCUAUUGCCAUUUCAAAGAUUAUGGAAUUUGUUAAAGCACAGGAGUAUAGUAUGUUCAGCCGUAUUGUUUUUGACACUGCUCCAACUGGCCAUACCCUUCGGUUAUUAUCCUUACCAGAUUUCUUGGAUUCUUCAAUUGGCAAGAUAAUAAAGCUAAGAAACAAAUUGGCUUCAGCAACAUCAGCCCUUAAAUCUUAUUUUGGACAAGGAGGACCAAAACAAGAUGCGUCUGAUAAACUAGAGCAACUAAGGGAGAGAAUGGUCAAAGUACGGGAGCUUUUCCGAGACACAGAAUCAACCGAGUUCAUCAUCGUUACAAUUCCAACGGUCAUGGCUGUCAGUGAGUCGUCUAGACUAUAUGCCUCCCUGAAGAAAGAAAGUGUACCCGUGAAGAGGCUUAUUGUUAAUCAGCUUCUACCACCAUCUGCAACUGACUGCAAGUUUUGUGCAAUGAAAAGGAAGGAUCAAAUGCGAGCCCUUGAAAUGAUAAAAGACGACCCGGGGCUCACGGUCCUGAAGCUAAUCCAAGCGCCAUUGGUCGAUGUAGAAAUACGAGGUGUUCCUGCCUUGAAAUUUAUGGGAGACAUGAUCUGGAAGUGAGAUUGCACACACACAUUUGCUACAUGAAGUUCCACCAUACGGCAAAGACGAGAAUCACAGAACCAUCCAAACAUUAAUGAAUGGUGAAGCCAUCCGCGCAACAUGCUAUUUUUCUAUCGAGUUUUCCUCUCUUGUCCUCAGUAUAAUAACAAAUCAAGCCGAGUUUAACCAGUUGUUUUCAGCAGUUUAGUUUGGUAAUAGUAGUUUAUUUAUUGUAAUCUCACUCAACAUCCCCCGGAAAUUAAAACUGCGGGAAUUCAACA